AUAUUACCUGUCAAUGCACCAACUUGUUAUUCUCUUUACACUGUGGGCUUGCUGCAGGCAGCAGGGCGUCUCUACCUUCAGCUUCAAGGUAGUUGCCCUACCCAGCUGUGGUAUCUCCAGUGUUGGAGGACUUUAGGCUCUUACAGAAGCAUUUGCCAGAAAUUGUACCCUCUAAGAGGAAUGGCUAGCACUUUCUGUCGUCUCCUGGCUGGUCGUGCAACCACUGCACUCUUUGCAGCCGCAGGCACAGGGGUGCUAACCACCGGCUACCUUCUCAACCAGCAAAAUGUGAAGGCUGCUGUUCAUGAAAAACGGAAGCUCUUCCCUCCAAGUGCAGACUAUCCUGAUCUCCGCAAACAUAACAACUGCAUGGCUGAGUGCCUCACACCAGCCAUUUACUCUCGGCUAAGGGACAAGAUGACUCCAAACGGCUACACCUUGGACCAGUGCAUCCAAACUGGGGUUGACAAUCCUGGCCACCCUUUCAUUAAAACUGUGGGCAUGGUAGCAGGCGAUGAAGAAUCCUAUGAGGUAUUCGCUGAGAUUUUUGAUCCUGUCAUUAAAGCAAGACACAAUGGCUACGAUCCACGGACAAUGAAGCAUCACACAGAUCUGGAUGCAUCCAAGAUCACCCAUGGUCAAUUUGAUGAGCGCUAUGUCCUUUCAUCACGGGUGCGGACUGGCCGCAGCAUCCGGGGCCUCAGUCUUCCUCCUGCCUGCACCAGGGCAGAGCGGAGAGAGGUGGAGAACGUUGUGGUCACUGCACUCGCUGGGCUGAAAGGAGACCUCUCUGGAAAGUACUACAGCUUAACCAAUAUGUCCGAGAGGGAUCAACAGCAGCUCAUUGAUGAUCAUUUUCUCUUUGAUAAGCCCGUGUCCCCUUUGCUAACAUGUGCUGGGAUGGCACGUGACUGGCCAGAUGCCAGAGGAAUCUGGCAUAACAAUGACAAGACAUUUCUUAUCUGGAUUAACGAGGAGGACCACACCAGGGUGAUCUCCAUGGAGAAAGGUGGCAACAUGAAACGGGUGUUCGAAAGAUUUUGCCGUGGUUUAAAAGAGGUGGAAAGACUAAUUAAGGAACGAGGCUGGGAGUUUAUGUGGAACGAGCGUCUCGGAUAUGUUCUGACCUGUCCUUCCAAUCUGGGAACUGGUUUACGUGCCGGAGUCCAUGUUAAGCUACCCAGGCUUAGCAAGGAUCCUAGGUUUCCUAAAAUCCUGGAGAACCUGCGUCUGCAAAAGCGUGGCACUGGUGGAGUGGAUACUGCAGCGGUAGCAGAUGUGUAUGACAUAUCCAACUUGGACCGCAUGGGGCGCUCAGAGGUGGAGCUGGUCCAGAUUGUCAUUGAUGGGGUCAAUUAUCUCGUUGACUGCGAGAAGAAACUGGAAAGAGGCCAAGACAUCAAAGUGCCACCACCGUUGCCUCAGUUUGGCAGGAAAUGAUCUUGCUGCUGAUGGUGGCAACCGAUGAUAAAUGUGACUGUGAUUCUGACAGAAAUUCAGCACUUCUGUAUAACUCUGUAUAAAUAUCUUGUGUAAUAAAACACUACCUGACAUCUGAUGCCUCCUUAGAUGCCUGGCUGCACUGGCAGAAAUUAGCCUUCAUGCAGCUUUACUAGGAUGCACCCCACACGACUACCUUGGGACAUUCUUAAGCAGAGACUGCUUCCCUUUCUUUCUUGGUUCGUGAUAACCCCUAAUUCUAUCUUGCAUUUGCACUUACGGCCAUACUUAGGAAGUCUGCUGUGAGCACCUUAUUUUCUUUCACAGAAGCACUUCUCUCCAGUGAAAACUGUCACAGCAGGUGCUGUGAAGUGCUCACUGCAUUUUCAGCCACCUUUUGACACUGUGGUGACUUCAGCAGCUAAGUGGAGCAGGCAGCUGCACAGGCCUUCACUCUCUGAAGUCCACCACUCAACCUAUCAUCAAGUCCUCAAUGAUGUCUCUGCAAGGGACCAGUCUCUUCUCUGAGACUGGUCUGCACACAUUUAGUUACCAUGUCAUCCCAAACCUUCAGUUUUUCACUCCUGGAGAACUCACCAGGUCACUUCUCAGCUGUUUCCCACAGGCAUAAUUUUAUGGCCUGUGGCCUUGGGCUGAAACAAGCUGUCCCAUAAGUCAAUAGCCAAAUCAGUUAAACCUGUCUAGCAUGGCCUGUCCCAGUCUUCUCCUGCAAUUUUCAGGUUU